UUUUUUUUUUUUUUUUUUCCCAUACUCGCCAAAGAGGCUCAGCCACUGAAAGCCCUCAAGAUGGUGAUAGUCGUGGACAGCAGCAACACUGCUGCUCUACAUGGGAACUGUCCAGGUCAGUCCCGUCAACAUCAGUGGGCUGCCCGCGUUCCGUUCUUCCUUGUUCAGGGGCUUCUCUGCCCUCACUAUAUCGCCGCACCUUCAGAUUCCUAUUGCCACACCUCUCCGAAGGUCUAGUCUGCUCCCGUUCAGCCGCCCGCCAUUCUCUGCUAAUGCCAAGUUUGACGCUGGGCUGUCGCCGGUGGUGUCGGAGAAGAUGCACGCAGAGUCCUUCAGUGAGGAUCCCGGUCUGCCGCUCUCCUGUGCCAUUGUUGCUCUUAGAGACUCAACUGGCAGUGACAUAACUCUUGAACAUGCCAAUGGAAACCUCUACAGAAUAACCCUCCCAGAAUUGACGUCAUCACCACUUGUGAAGUGUUCCCUCGCUGCCCUCAAGUUUGGCUAACCGGAUGCAGCACUCCAGUUGAUCAACAAGUGGUAUGCAACAAGGAACGCUCUGGUGUCAGGUGACUUUUCCCCACAGGGUGAAUGCACGCUGUGUUCCAAGGUGGUGCUGUCCAUGAUCGGCUACGACAUGGACAAGCUUGCCCUGACCUGCCCCGUGGAUAUUGCAGAUUCUUGCAGUCCUUCACUGGCAUCAAAGAAAUUUUGAGCCCAGAAAGUGGUUCUGACAACGGCUGUGAGUACAUCCUGUCCUCCCCUCCACACGGGGGACAGCCUCAGUGAGGUGCUGGGCUGCAGAAGGUGGGUGUGGUGCAGAAGCAGCAGGAAGGGAACACAGGGUUAAUGCUCCUCUCUUUGUGUAUCUGCCACCAAUACAUGUUGCCCUCCACCUUGUCUAUGAAGAUUUCAACCUCCUUGUUCCCUGCCUGAACCAGCUGACUGCAGACCUGAGAGCCUCACAGCACCUCCACCAUUAUGGAGAGACUUCCCAAUGCUGUCCCCUCUGCAGGACCUCCUCCCUAAGUUCCAUUAGCACAGAAGCCUGUCAUCCCAGGCUAUGUCAGCAGACAGCCUCCUCUAUAACAUCAUGGAGGGUGCAGAGCCCAACCCUUUCCCCUGCAUUCCACAUGUCUGCACAACCGCCAAGAGUCUGGUGUUGUUAUAUUCAGUUGCAGCUGCAGAUUGUCAUUUGCAAGACAGUGCAAUGGAGCCAUUUUUUAACUGUAUCAAUCCAAACACUCAGAAGUCAUUUGCUCUGACCCAUCUCCCAGUCAGCAGUCUCCAAAAUUGUGACGUCAGACCCAACAUUCACCAAUAAAUUGUACUCGUAACAAAUAAACUGUCUUACUGUGAGGGACAUUCAGCUGUUGUGGCCAGGAGUGUUGCUGGUGCUGAUGAACGGCCAGCACACGUGUCGCCUGUGGCCCCGGAACACUGGCCGGCCUCAGCCUGCCACCUCAAACACAGACCCAACCUUGUGACUCGGAGAGAAUCCGCCGAGAAAAAUGACUGUGGGAACAGCAAGAGGCUGAAGGAUCCCUUCAACAUGAAGGUGAGGUGUCACCCAGACCAGGACCUGGCACAGGAGGCCAAGAAGGCGCCACAGCUGUCCAAGGAGGACGAGGACGGCGCAGACCCUGGACACAGACAUGCUGGCCCUCCUCUGGGUGGAAGACCAGUGAGUGUCAGAGGUUCCCCGUAUGUUUUGUUCCUCAAAAGCCGUGACUGUCAACAUUGUGCAGCGGCCAGAAGUGUCCGAUCAUGACUUUCUGGAGCAGCAGGAGCGACACCUCUAUGCUCUCUGCACUAGGACUGUGGCGCUGCCUAUUGGAAGGGGAAUGUUUACACUGUGCACCUCUGCCCCAGUGAUCACAGAAACCCUUCCAACACCCAAGCUCAACCUCUCAGGCAAGGCUCCCUAAGAGGCACAACCAUUGACCUUUUCAACAUUGAGGUGCCCCCAACAUACUGGAUUAUCAAGUGCGGGGCCAAGAAGUGAUGUGUGUGGGGCUCCUGCUGGGCUUGUCCGUGACCAGGAGAGGAACAAUGGACAUCCAGACCACCAAGCUCCUCAGCGUGCCUCAGGAGUGCCUCCUGCCACCCACCUCAACAAAAUUAGACGUUCCUCAUACGGUUCAGGUUGCUGCCACCCCAGGCGCCCCUCUGGUUUGCCAAGACACGGCACAUAGUCACAAGGCAAAGGUCUUGAUGCAGGAGAUCGGUCUCCCUCCUGGCCCAGAAAUGGAAAACUCCAAUGAUCGGGAGUCUUACUCGUUGGCGGCCGGACUCGCCCUCGGCCUUGUGAUGCUGAGAAGGGGUGGAGAGGCGGCAGGAUUCUCUGGCCCAAACAUUGCCAGAGAGCUUUGCCAUCACACUGAAGGGGGACACAAAAAGCCCCUGUCUGGCCCACACAGGGACUUUACAAGUGUCCCGCUGCCAGAUAAAGGAAGGGGACUGUGUCACCAUGGACGUCACUGCCCCGGGAGCCACCUCGGCCCUGGGCAGGAUUUAUUUCCGGAGCAACAACAAGGCCACUGCCGAGGGGAUGGCUGCAUCCAACACUCCGUACCUGCUGGACCAGACAUGGCGAGGAAAUACCUCCAGACAGGAAGCGUGCUGGCUGGCCUGUGCUGCCGAGGACUCUUUGGAUGACAGUGACCAGCCAGCGUGUUGGUGAAGACUCUCAGGCUGUUGGUCUUCAAGCAGAGCCUCAACAUGCCUCGGCUCAAC